AUGUCGGGAGCUUUAACUUGCUCUGCGGCUGAUCUCUCUCCCCUACUCGGCCCCAAUGCCACCGCGGCGGCUGAAUAUAUUUGCGGCCAAUUGGGUACCGUAAAUAACAAGUUUACCGAUGCAGCCUAUGCUAUAGACAACACUUACCUCCUCUUCUCAGCUUAUCUCGUCUUUGCCAUGCAGCUCGGCUUCGCUAUGCUAUGUGCUGGCUCUGUUAGAGCCAAGAAUACGAUGAACAUCAUGCUCACUAAUGUCCUUGAUGCUGCAGCGGGAGGACUCUUCUAUUAUCUCUUUGGUUAUGCUUUUGCCUUUGGGGAAUCCUCCAAUGGAUUCAUUGGAAGACACAACUUUGCAACUACACUCUCGGGAUGCACCGCGGCUCUAACCACACUCUUUGGCAAACGUCUCAUAUCAGGCCACUGGAACGUAACCGACGUUUGCAACGGUUUACUCGGUGGGUUUGCGGCCAUAACCGCAGGUUGCUCUGUGGUAGAUCCAUGGGCAGCGAUUGUCUGUGGCUUUAUGGCUUCCCUCGUCCUUAUUGGAUGCAACAAGCUCGCAGAGUUCCUAAAGUACGAUGAUCCGCUAGAGGCUGCACAACUACAUGGAGGGUGUGGUGCUUGGGGCUUGAUAUUCGUAGGACUCUUUGCAAAGGAGAAGUAUGUAAAUGAGGUAUAUGGAGCGAUCCCGGGAAGGCACUACGGGCUAUUAAUGGGCGGGGGAGGGAAGCUAUUGGGAGCACAAUUGGUUCAAAUAAUUGUGAUUGUUGGAUGGGUUAGUGCCACAAUGGGAACACUCUUCUUCAUCCUCAAACAACUUGAUUUGCUUAGGAUCUCGGAGCAUGAUGAAAUGCAAGGAAUGGAUAUAGCACGUCAUGGUGGUUUUGCUUAUAUUUACCAUGAUAAUGAUGACGAGUCCAUUCAGUUUCCUAGAGUGCCUGGAUCUCCUGUACCCCGUGCGCCUAACUCUCCAGCUGUCUGA